UUGACGGUCACACCGACCACCGCGUGCAGUGAACUUUUUUUUCUGCCAUCGCAGAAAAAGCAGCAAAAAGCUGGAAAAAACAGCAUUAAUCGCCGUGUCGAGACGAUUGAAACGCGCGCCCGCCUUUUGAGAGGACUGCCAACCGUUUGCCGUUUUAAUUUUUGGCCCCGAAUCCGGAAUAUGAGUGAUACGCGUGAGCAGAUACUGGAGCAAAUCAAAGUGCAAGGCGAUCUCGUCCGUCAAUUGAAAACAGCGAAGGAGUCGAAGGAGAAGACGGCGCCCUCUGGCGGCGGGCGUGCCAACUCGUCCGGCGUUCCAGCCCAACGUCAACAACAACAACAACAGCCACAAAAACAACAACAAGCACAAGAACAACAACAACAACAUGAGCAACUGCUGCAGAUCGAUGAGCAGGUGGCCCGUUUGCUGGCCUUGAAGGCCAAAUUGGGUGGCGAUGCCGCCCCCACCAAUCAGAAGUUCACGCUGAAGACCCCGAAGGGCACCAGGGACUAUGGACCCCAGCAGAUGACCCUUCGCCAAGGUGUCCUCGACAAGAUCGUUCAGGUCUUCAAGCGCCACGGCGGCGAGGCCAUCGAUACACCCGUCUUUGAACUGAAGGAAGUGCUGACGGGCAAGUACGGUGAGGACUCCAAACUGAUCUACGACCUGAAGGACCAGGGCGGUGAGAUACUCUCGAUGCGGUAUGACUUGACCGUGCCGCUGGCCCGCUACCUGGCGAUGAACAAGAUCUCGAGCAUCAAGCGCUACCACAUCGCCAAGGUGUACCGCCGCGACAAUCCGGCGAUGACCAAGGGCCGCUAUCGUGAGUUCUACCAGUGCGACUUCGACAUCGCCGGCACCUACGAUCCCAUGCUGGCGGAUGCCGAGUGCGUCAAGAUCGUGGCCGAGAUCCUGGACACCCUGGACAUUGGCGACUAUGUGAUAAAGCUGAAUCACCGCCAACUGUUGGACGGCAUGUUCCAAGCAUGUGGAGUGCCAGCGGACAGUUUCCGCACCAUCUGCUCGGCGGUGGAUAAGUUGGACAAGUCCUCCUGGGCGGAUGUGCGCAAGGAGAUGGUGACGGAGAAGGGUCUGGACGAGGCGGCAGCGGAUCGAAUUGGCGAGUACGUGCGUCUGAGUGGCGGUGCCGAAUUGGUGGAGCUGCUGCUGAAUGACGAAAAGCUGAAGGCUGUGCCGAAUGCGGUGAAGGGUCUGGAAGGUAUGCAGCUACUCCUAAAGUACUGCUCGAUCUUUGGCCUGGACGAGCGCGUUAGCUUCGAUCUGAGUCUGGCCCGGGGCCUGGACUACUACACCGGUGUGAUCUAUGAGGGAGUGCUCAAGGGUGAAUCCGCCGUCGUGGGAUCUCCGGCGAAGACGACAUCGCAGCAGAACGGCGGCGAGCAGGCGAAUGAGCCGGCCACCGUGGGCUCCGUGGCCGGCGGCGGUCGCUACGACAACCUGGUGGGCAUGUUCGAUCCGCGCGGCAAGGCUGUGCCCUGCGUGGGCGUCUCCAUUGGCGUGGAGCGCAUCUUCAGCGUGCUGGAGGCGCGGGCGGCUGCCAGCGGCCUGAAGCUGCGCACCAGCGACGUGGAGGUCUACGUGGCCUCCGCCCACAAGGGGCUGCACGAGCAGAGACUGAAGGUUCUGAACCAGCUCUGGGACGCGGGCGUAAAGGCGGAGCACUCUUACAAACUGAAUCCCAAGCUGCUGGUGCAGCUGCAGCACUGCGAGGAGCACCAGAUACCACUGGUGGUGGUCCUCGGCGACGCGGAGUUGGCCCAGGGAUUGGUGAAGCUGCGCGAGGUGACCUCGCGUCAGGAGACCAACGUCAAGCUGGAGGAUCUGGCCGCUGAAAUCCGGCAACGGCAGCAGGCCGCCUAGGCUGUUCCUUUUAUUUUUGUUUUCAUGACACUGAUAUUAGCUUCCGCUCCUAAUUUAUGAACCACAUUAAGCAUCGAAGUAUACAGUUUUUUUUGUCCUAUUUGUACGUUUUGUAUUUUUGGUGUCCUGCCGGAGGCACCGCGUGCUACUAUGCUUAGGUCCACAGUGUAACCAUAGGAAUCAUACCAAAAUGAACGCUAAACAGAAACAAAUAAACGCUAAAGCGACUCGCAUUUAA